AAACUUUACCGCGAUAAAGAUAUGUUGCGGCACACUUUUGGAAUAUCUCUGUUUGAAAAUACCUUGUAUUGGAGCGAUUGGAUUAAAAAAGGGAUUUUCUCUGCUUCAAAAUUUGGUGGGAGAAAAGAAGAUAUCCAAGUACAUAGAGAAGGCCUGCAAUAUGUUUAUUGUGUGGAAGUAUACUCUUCGAGAAGACAGAUCGGUGCUAACCUUUGUAAACAAAAUAACGGAGGUUGUGAACAGCUUUGUCUCAUGAAGAACUCCAAUUCUAGACGGUGCGCAUGCUCUAUGGGUUUCAGUCUUGGAAAGGACCAAACAUCGUGCGAUGCAAUUAACAACUUCUUACUUUAUGCAACGUCGAAAGCAAUUUACGGAACUUCCAUUGACUUCAAGGAUAGCACUUCUGCUAUGAACCCUAUUGCAGGAAUGAGCAACAUCAACUCCAUCGACUUUUUCUAUAACUCAAGCUGGAUCUUUUAUAGCGAUGACCGAAAACGAAAUAUUGGUCGAGUUAAUAGGGAUGGCACAAGGAAGAUGAUAAUCAUAAGCACUGGGCUGAGACGRCCACAGGGRAUCGCAGUGGAUUGGGUUGGAAUGAACCUAUACUGGACUGACUCAGGGACAGACCUUAUUGAGGUAAGUCGGCUGAAUGGGUCCAGCCGUCACGUGAUCAUCUCAUCAGGUCUUUCAGAGCCACGAUCGAUCGUAGUUCAUCCAGGAAGAGGACUACUGUACUGGUCGGACUGGUCACCACCCCGCAUUGAAAGGUCGUCUAUGGAUGGGUCUUUCCGCCAAGUCUUGGUGUGGGGAUCAAAGAUAAGAAGGCCAUCUGGACUCACAAUUGAUUAUGACCAAGAUAUCGUUUACUGGGUUGACUUACGCAGGGAUAGCAUUUGGAAUAUGGACCUUAAUGGGGGAAACCAGAAGAAACUUGUCAGCAGGCUUAAGCAGCCACUUGGGCUGUCUGUUUUUGGUGAGUUGCUUUAUUGGGCUGAUCGAAAUAAGAACAUCAUACAAAGCGCCUACAAGACCAACGGAACAAAUAUCAAGCAGAAAACCUUGCUAACCAAACCAAGGGAUGUUCAAGUGUUUAGUUCAGAGCGUCAGUCAACCGGUGGAGUAUGCGAGGCAAACGGUGGCUGUGCAGAUUUGUGUUUGGCUAUCAGCAGCAAACGAAAAAGGUGUGCGUGUUCCUUGGGAAGUCUUUCUUCUGAUAAGCGAUCGUGUCUUUCUACAUCGAACUUUAUCAUCCUGGCAAAAACUACCGAAAUCAAGUUUAACUCGUUGGUUCCAGGGAAGACAUCUUCUCAAAAAGAAAUCACAGACGUGACACCMGUCAUGCGCCGACAAUUGGACUUUGAUUUCGAUAGCGAAACRAUCUUUUUUACUUCUCCCCCUGCWAUCAAAGCCGUGAAGAUCGAUGGAAGYGGUUUAAGGAAYGUCACAUUAGAUGUGAUAAACCCAGGAGGGAUUGCAGUCGACUGGGUAGCAAAACACGUGUAUUGGACCGAGAUAGCCUUCAGUACUAUCAAUAGAGUUCAUUUUAAUGGCUCAUCGUUCAAGGUUGCAUUAAAACAAGGCAUAAACCAUCCAAGAGCGCUUGCUAUCAUACCUUGUGAAAAGAAGAUCUACUGGAUAGAAUGGGGACGUAGGCCUUGUAUCAAGUCAGCCUGGUUUAAUGGUAUGUUUGUAAGUGAUCUUAUUACUGGGAGUCUUGUUUAUCCAUAUGGACUUACCAUCGAUUACAUGGAGGAAAAGAUCUACUGGACUGAUGAGAGAAUAAUUCAAUCUGCAUAUCUGAACGGCACCAAUCGACAGACGAUAACCAGCAGUAUUCGACCUGCACUUGCUUUGACGGUCUUUGGGGAGUUUAUCUAUUGGAUUGACUGGCACUCCACUGUCAUGAGGGCAAAUAAAUACAAUGGAGGCAACCCAGUGCGCAUGUCCUAUGAAGUAGCCUCUGGUCUACCGCUGGACAUAAAUGUGUAUGCCAAAGAAAGACAAGACUGUAAGUUAAUAAUAGUUUACGCCUCUCCCUAGUUUUCUCCGCCAGCUACCUAUUGUCUGU